AUGCUCUCCAAGUUGGUCUAUGUGAAGUGGUGUGUCUUGCUGACUUACUUGUGCGCUAUAGGGCGCUUCGUGGCGGAUGAGCCCUUCGGCGCGUUGAACGAUCUCUUCGGCGCCUGCUUUGGCACCUUCCUGCUCAAGGAGGAUCCCGCUUUGGCACAUUGCUUCCGCUGCUUGCAGGAGACUGCCCUUGGAGCCAUGAGUGAUGGUGGCUUAAGCUGUUUGCUUCCGUACCUCCUCUUGGCCACCUUAAACUGUGCUUUCGGGCUACUGAGAGUGUACACUUUUGCCACGAAAUAUGGCACACUUUUACCUUGUUCUGAAAGGCCGGUCUGCUAUUUGCCAGCAUGGGUCUUGUUGAGCUCCCUGAGCCAGUUUGUCGCAAGCUGCCUUUGCUGGAAGGCUCACUUCGUUUUACACAACUCCUGCAUGUGGUCUCACGGGCCGUCAGGUUGA